AUGGCAGAGAGCCAGGCAAGUUCAUGGAGCUACAUCGCUUGCGACACCCGAGGAGCGGGAUCACCAACAGCACGAGUACGAGGGCAGCGCCGCGACCACGCUGCACACCGCGCCGAGCCCGCCAGGCUUUCGCCAGCAGAGCUGUGGAAUUUUACAGCACCGCAAACUCAUUCAGCUGGACCCCGGCGGAGUUUGUCACAUGUGAUUCCAGAGCCGGCAUCGCAGACGCCCGUUCCCGUGCCUGCCGACGGCGUCGACGGGGCAGCGCCCAACGCCGGGCAGCCAGCUGUGCUCACAGGGGACCGCAGCUGGAGAGGGGCUUCAGGGCUUGAGGGGCUUCAGUCCAAGGUGUUGCGGGCGGUGGUGCUGGGUCCCCCCGGCUCCGGGAAGGGGACGGUUUGCGAGAGGAUCGCCCGCAGCUUCGGGCUCCAGCACCUCUCCAGCGGCCAAUUCCUGCGGGAGAGCCUCGGCGGGGGUGGCGAAGUUGGCGUCUUGGCAAAGCAGUACCUUGAGCGAGGCCUUCUGGUGCCGGACCACGUCAUCACGCGCGUGAUGAUGACGGAGCUGGAGAAGCGGCGAGAGCAGCACUGGCUGCUCGACGGUUUCCCUCGAACGCUGGGACAAGCCGAGGCGCUGGACAGGAUCUGCGAGCUGGACCUGGUGAUCAGCUUGAACAUACCCUUCGAGACGCUGAAGGAUCGCCUGAGCGCCCGCUGGGUCCACCCGGCCAGCGGCAGGGUGUACAACAUGGACUUCAACCCUCCCCAAGUCCAGGGCGUCGAUGACCUGACGGGCGAGCCGCUGGUCCAGCGCGAGGACGACAAGCCCGAGGCCGUCGCUGCCAGGCUCAGGAAAUACAAAGACGCUGCAAAGCCAGUAAUGGAGUUGUACAAGAGCCGGGGCAUCCUUCACUCCUUCUCGGGGACAGAGACCAACAAGAUCUGGCCCUACGUCUACACCCUGCUUUCCAGCAAGAUCCCGCCCGUUCUUGUGGAUGAGGAGAACUAA